AUGGUUGCCGCCCGCCUCAUCCGGCAGAACCUGCACCGGAGCGACGGCUGGAGCCGCGUGGACAAGGCCUCGCUGCACAGCAUAAGUGCGGACUCGAAGGAGAACCUGGAGAGUGUUCCCGGCGCGUGGACGGCCACCCGGAUUUCGUUUUUUUUUUUCACUGGUCGCGCGGACUGGGGUCUGUUCGCCAGCGCGUUUCUUUGCUUCUGGGGGGAGGUCGCGGAUGAGCUGAUCAAGAGAGGGGCCAGCGAUUACGACCGCGCCCAAGCGAUCCAGCUCAUCAAGUCUGACACUUUCUUGCAGGUCGUGCGGGACUUCCGGCGGACCGAGGGCAUCGCCCCCCAUCCUAUGGUCGCCUACAAGCUCGCGAAGGAGCAAUCUGAGAAGCUCGCCCUCGCCUGCGAACUCGCCUUGGAGUCACCGCGUGCCUCGAUGCCGCGGAAAAAUUGA